AUGUCUGCCGUCGAUGAAGAAGAGGUUUCAGAAGUCGACGAAGAUGAGGAGAUGCUGAAAGGUGUGUUCUUGUCAUCACCUCUUACUCUCCUGCAGUCAACCAAAUUUCAUCCGUCAAAGUUCCGAAGCCAGCCCGUCGUCUGCGAUGAAUGCGGAAACGAGCUGGGUGUGGAGGAAGGAUGGUACCAUCUUUGCAAUGACACCUACGACGUCUGCCAUGCUUGUUAUGAGGAGGUUGAAGAGGAGAGGAGGAGGAAGUUCAAGUUGACAUUGGAAGACUUGGGGGAAGAAGAAAGUGUGUACAGGGAAGAGAUGGAGAAGAGGGAACGGCAGAAAGCUGCGACCAAGAAUUUCAAGAUUGUCAGCCUGGCCUAUCGGGUUCUGAAAGACGCGGAGCUGAGAAGAAUCUACGUGGAGAGCGGUUGGCAUGCUCUUGUCAAGUCAGAGACUUACUCGGAAUGCAGCGUGUUCACCACAGACCCGUUUCGGCAGUAUGAUUCAUUCUUCAAUGGAGAGGACGAAGAUGAUCGGCAGUACCUUCUGCUCAAUGGGACGGAGCCAAUCUCCGACGACGACGAGGACGUGCGAGGAGGGGCAGGAGGGCAGGAGAAAGCGGGGGAGGAGGAGGAUGAGGCAUCGGCAUCGGAGGAGGACGAAGACGAGGAGGUGGAGAGCGAGAUGCCGACUUUGAUCCCCUCCGACGAGAUCUCAAGGAACAAGCUCCUCGAGCGGGAGCCUCCUCCUCCACCUCGUCCUCCUGUAACGGUUCAGGCGCCCUCCUCCUUCCUCGCGGGGCGGCAGGACGCAGACCCCUGGAAGCUGAUCACGUGCAAGGUCGAGCAAAAGGAGGCGGAGGAGGCGGACAAACUUCCGACGAAGAGGAGAGAGAAACCGGAAGCAGAGGGGGAAGUGAAGAGAGACAGGAAGGAAUGA